GAUUGUAAUUUCAAAUACAUACACUACACUGGAUUUCAAAGCCACAAUUGCCGGUUUUAUGCCCAUAAGAGGCUCAACAGAAGUUUAUUCUUGCAAAAAAACGCUACAUAUUUAGCAGCAUCACAUUUUAUUUACACAGGCACAUCGAGCAAAAAGGCAUAUUGUUAUAAUGAAUUGUUGAUGCAAUAUUGAUGCGACCAUGGGUGAUAUGAUGCCUGGUCAUGGCACAGAGGCUUUGUCAGUGUUGUAUAUGGGCUUGAGCUGCAAUGCCGGGCUUGGGCUAUAGGGGGCAGUUACCUGCUAGUUAGAGCCAGCUCAAGAACGAAGAAAUGCGGAACAGUUUUGGCUGCACUCAAUGUGUGAGUUUCUUGUAUUGAAAUGUGGAUUCGACUUUCUUGAAGGUAUGCAGUGCUGUUUUGCACUGUAGACGCCAAUAAAAGACCGGUUUGUGUCCGGUCAUCCUGCCGUCAUUGUAAUAUUAUUGCAUGAAUGCACCGCAUCAAACUUAAAUUGGUUAGCUACAGGAAGAAUUUUCAUACAGGCCAACUGCAACGCUUUGGCUAAUAUUUCGGUUGUUUGUUGGACAACCUGGUGAAAAAAGUCAGCAAAACAGACGUCAUCGUUUGUCUUUUUUACUGAUUACGCGUCUCCGUGACGCAGAGUAGGGUUGUUGUUGCGCGGCUUCACGUAGCAUUACGGUAACUGUAACCACGGCGACCAGACCAAAACAGGAAGCGUGCUUUCUGAUGGAGGGCUUCCAGCUACGGUGGACCGAUUGACCGCUUCAGCUGCGUGUAAAGCACAAUGGGGACAUCGCUGACCAGGGCAGCCCAGUGGGCCGCAUCGGACUCCGGUGGUGGCCAGCUGGAGUCCUCGCCGAUGAACGACACCCUGCUGAAUGAAAUCCUUCGCUUUGUGGAGAACUUCAGCUCCCAGAAUCCGCAAGAGGCAGAGGUGGUGUUUGAGGAGCCGCUCCAGUGGAGCACCACUUUAGCGCCGUCUGAUUUCACAGCAGACUAUGACAUCAGAGAGUCAGACGUGGAGUCCCAGGAGAAAGACGACGAGGGGUGUCCGCUGUUGCGCCUCUCUCCCCCGACCGUUUGUGUCCGCAACUUCAGCCAACUCUCCAAACUCGCAUGCGUGGCAAACGAGAAGAAGCUGCAGGAAGUUCAGGCGUGCGUUGAAGAGAACAGAAAGCCUCUGGUGAAGAUUCUCGGUCCCAACAUUGCCGCCCUCCACAAGGCUGCAAAGGCUGACCGAGGGAAAGAGCAGCAGCAGAGCAAGGAUGCUGACGUCAAAGUCAAGCUGCUCCGCCUUCUCCAACAUGCCGACAAGCAGAUCCUCCGCAAGCUCAUGAAAGAAAUAUCAGAAAAGGUCGAGCUCAAUCCCACUGCAGUGAAGAAAGAAGUGGAAUUUUUAAAGAACAUUUGCAGCACUGGGGAGAAUAGAUUGUUAAAGUUGGUGCGAUACACAUCAGACUAUGAAUUUCCAAAUGGGUGCCGCGCCCCUCUGUGGCGCCAACUAGAAGGUGAGAUGUUUUACCUCGUGAUCGAGCCCUACGAUACGGAGACGCUCUACAUCACCUGCAGCAACACCGGGGUCUUUUUCAACAUGGGCAUCAAGCCGGAGGGGGACGAGAUCGCCUACGAGCGGACCGGCGAUGUGUUCAAGGACCUGGUGUCGCUGCUGAAGAGCAAAUCUCAGGUGUUUGCUGAGAACAUCGACUCACAGGAAUUUCGAGAACCUCCACCUCCACGCGCGCCAAAGCCUCAUGUGGAAUUAGUGGACGCACAGACGCAGCUUUCGCUGAAAACUUCUCGAUGGAAGGAUCUCCGUUUGUCUGGUGAAGCAGAUGAGAAGAAAAACGGCAAAGACGCUGACGAGAAAAACGAUGGGUCCAAGAAUAAAGCGAAUUUCUCCGAGGCUUCUUUUGCAGAACAGUUGUCGUCUUUGAAAAACAAGGCCUCGAGACAGGCGGCGGACCUCUUCAGCGAGACUUCAUCUGAGAGCAACGAGAGUUAUGAAGAAGAGGAGCAGCCAGUGCGCCGUCAACGAAACACAGACCAGCCCUCGGACUACUGGCAGAUCCAGAAACUGGUCAAGUACCUGAGGGCAGGCGACCAAACGGCCACUUUGCUGACCCUCUACGCCCUGAUGGACUACGACCUGAAGCAAGAGACGUAUCAUCUGGCCAUGCAGGACUCAGGUGGCCUAAAAGUCCUCACUAACAUUCUACAUUUGGAGGAAGUCAAUCUCCAACUCGGGUCUCUGGGGAUUCUGAGAGAGAUCAGCCACAACGCGCAAACCCGCCGGGCCAUCGUAGACAACGGAGGACUGCGGAGCAUCGUCAACGUCCUGGACUCGCGAAAUAAAGACGUAAAGGCCUUGGCUGCCGAGACGAUUGCUAACUUGACCAGCUUCCGCAGGGCGAGGAGGACGGUCAGGAAUUACAACGGUAUUAGUAAACUUACCAAGCUGCUGGACUGCAGCGCAGAUUUAGCCAACGUGGAUCCGAGGCAUGAGAAGGAUGUGGAGGUAGCCCGCUUUGGCGUCUUAGCGCUCUGGAGCUGCAGCAAGAGUCCCAAAAAUAAAGAAGCCAUCCGUAAGGCCGGCGGCAUCCCUCUGCUGGGACGCCUGCUCAAGUCUCCACAAAUGAACAUGCUCAUCCCCGUCGUGGGCAUCCUACAGAACUGUGCCUCUGAGGAAAGCUGCAAGGCUGCUAUCCAGACGGAGGGCAUGAUUAAGGAUUUGGUCCAAAACCUCAGCAUUGACAACGACGAACUGCGGAUCCAUUGCGCUAACGUCAUCUUCCAGUGCGCAGAGAACAAGCAAACGCGGACCGCAGUGAACGAGCACAGAGGUCUGCCCGCCCUGGUUUCACUCCUGAGCAAGACGGACAACAAGCAGCUCAUGGCUGCCACCACAGGAGCCAUCUGGAAGUGUUCCCUCAGCUCCGAGAACCUGGACGUGUUUCAAGACUCUAAAGUCCUGGAGACCCUGAUCGGCCUGCUGACCAAUCAACCUGAGCAGGUGCUGGUUAAUGUGGUGGGAGCCUUGGCCGAGUUCGCCCAGAGACCCGCAAACAAGAUCACCAUCCGCAAGUGUGGAGGCCUCAAACCACUCGUCCGCCUUCUCAUUGGAAGAAACGAGGCGCUGUUGGUGAACGUCACCAGGGUGGUGGAGGCCUGUGCCACAGAUUUGGACAACAUGGCGAUCAUUCAGGAGCUUGAUGGAAUCCGCUGGGUAUGGAGCUUGUUGAAAAACCCCAGCCCAGAUGUUCAGUCCAGUGCGGCAUGGGCUCUUUGUCCAUGUAUUGAAAAUGCUAAGGAGGCGGGGGAAAUGGUGAGCUCGCUGAUGGGCGGCAUGGAGCUUGUUAUUGAUCUACUGAAGUCAUCCGACGACAAGGUCCUGGCGAGCAUGUGUGCCGUCGUGGCCAAGAUAGCCAAAGACAAGUACAACCUGGCAGUUCUGACUGAUUAUGAGGUGGUCUCGCUGCUGGCCAAGCUGACUGACAAACCCAACGACUUGCUCCGCUGCCAUCUGGCUCAGGCCAUCGCCCAGUGCUGCACGUGGCGCAACAACAAGGCGGCCUUCGGGGAGGCGGGAGUGGUGCCCCCCCUGGCACACUACUUAAAGUCCCAAGACAUGAAAGUGCGCCACAGUACAGUGUUGGCCCUGCACCAGCUGUCCAAGGAGCCAAACAACUGCGUCAUCAUGCACGGCGAAGGAGUGGUCAAGCCUCUGAUUCACUUCAUGGGCUCCGAUGAUGAGAAGAUUCGCAACGCCGCCGCCGACUGCGUGCGCAACAUUCGCGUGCUCUUUCCAGGCCAGGCCAGGGCCAAGAAAUCUGCACCAAAAUCACCAAAUCAGCACUGAACCCACGUGGCUGCCGUAUAAAUAAAAUCUUUUCUUUCUCUUAA